AUGCGCGGGCGGCCGGGGCUGCGGCGGGCGCCUCCAGCUGAGGAGCAGCAGCCGCAGCAGCAGCAGCGUCCCGGGCCGGCCGCGCCGUCGGGUGGCGACGCCAUGCUGCCCUGGAAGAGGCACAAGUUCGAGCUGCUGGCCGUGGACGACGAGCAGCUGACGCAGCAGCAGCACAAGAAGACGCAGCAGAAGCACCGGCGGCAUCCUCCUCCUCCGCCGCCUCCUCCGCCAAGCGCGCCGUCGGGGAAGGGCAAGGGCAGCUGCUGCGCGGCGGGCGCGGGGAGCCUGCCCUGCUCGGCGGCGCUGGGCUCUUUGGCUCGCGCGUGCCCGCCCGAGGGCGCCCUCAGCAGGAUGGGCAACCUGUUCCGCUGCAAGCGCAAGAAGUUCCGCGUGAGCAGCGAGGCGCCCACCUACACGGUGCUCUACCUGGGCAACGCCACCACGCUGCAGGCCAAGGGCGAGGGCUGCACGGACGUGGCGGUGGGCAAGAUCUGGGCCAGGAGCGAGGCCGGGCGCCACGGCACCAAGAUGAAGCUGACCAUCGGGCCGCAGGGCAUCCGCAUGGCGCCCGCCGCGCCCUCCGAGGCGGCCUCUCGCCCGGGCCACCUCUACCUGCUGCACCGCGUCACCUACUGCGUGGCGGACCCGCGCCUGCCGCGCCUCUUCGCCUGGAUCUACCGGCACGAGGUGAAGCACAAGGCCGUGCUGCUGCGCUGCCACGCCGUGCUGGUCUCCAAGGCCGAGAAGGCGCGCGCCAUGGCGCUGCUCCUCUACCAGACGUCGGCGGCGGCGCUGGCCGAGUUCCGCCGCCUGAAGAAGCGCGCCGACGCGCGGCACCAGCAGCUGCAGCAGGCGGGCGCGGCGGCGGCCGACGGCGCCAUCCCGCUGGUGCCGCUGCGCAAGCUGCUCCUGCACGGCCCCGGCUGCUGCUACAAGCCGCCCGUCGAGCGCAGCCGCAGCGCGCCCAAGCUGGGCUCCAUCACCGAGGACGCGCUGGGCGAGGAGCUGGAGGAGCGCGCCGCCGGCCUGGCCAACGGAGGCGGCCCCGACGGCGAGGACGAGGAGGAGGGCGACUGCGACGACGACGAGGAGCUGCUGGCGCCGCUGGGCGAGGACGACGACGACGAGGGCGCGGACGCGGCGCCCAGCCUGGGGCAGCUCAUCUGCGACCUGGGCGAGCUGGCCAUCGGCAACGACGUGGCGCUGCUGCGCGCCGACCUGCGCGUCACCCGGCUCCUCUCGGGCGAGAGCACCGGCAGCGAGUCGUCCAUCGAGAGCAACGGCCACGACGGAGGGUCCCCGCCGCCGCCGCUCCAGCCGUGCCGCGGACCGGACAGCCCCGAGCCCGGAGGAGACAGCGGCUGACGGAGCCGUCGGAGGGGCGGCUGGCGGGAGGCAGGCAGGGGAGGCUGCGCCAAGGCGCAGGGAAGACGGGCCACGCUUGCCGGCGCCCUCCAGGUGGGACGCUUUUUGCCCCCGGGGCCACCACGCGAGCCUCACCCUCCAGGCAGAAAAGCCCCGGCACAUUUCCUCCUCGGCCCGGCGGCCGGUCUUCAGAGAAGGAGCCCCGUCCGGCCGCCCGCUCGCCGGUAGGACCACCCCGCUCCCGAACGGUGGGAUGACGCCCCAGCUUCUCGGGACCCCCCAGACUUGCCAAAUGCUUUUCCGUAACCCUGGGGGUGGGGGAGGGGUGUGUCUUGUUUACAGAUCCCCAAGGGGGGAGGGGGGGUCUUCAUCCCUCCUUCCCUGCCGGACUCUCCUUCUUCUACCCUUCCUCCUUUUUUGAAAAAACGUGUGUCUCCCUCCAUGGUUCCUUCCAUUCCAUGCUGUGUUAAGAGAUUUUUUGUUUUUGUUUUUAUUUCUUUUGCACUGUGGUGAAGAUCAUGGAGACCUUUUGGGGGUGUUUUUUUUAAAUUAUGAGGUUUGACGAAUAUUAUUUUUAUUCUCCACAAAUCCAUUUUCUUCUCCAGUCUCAGUGUUUCUAUAGAUAUGUAUAGAUAUAUUAUAAUUAUUAUUAUAUCUUUUGCUGUGCAAAAGGAAACUGUACAUGUGGAUGUUCACUUCAACCCAUGGAAAACACAAAUGUAUAUCUAAUACAUUUAGUUGCUGUUGUUGUU